CCGUCCGGCGGCCUCCGGCUACUACCACCAGUAAACCCUUCUCCGCCUCGUCUUCCUCAGUUCCUCCGAUCGCCACUCGCCAUGGCCAGCGGCGGCGUAGUCCAGAGCUCUAACAAGCGGAAGCGCGAGGCAGCGGCGGGGAAGCCCAAGCCUGGGGCGAAGGGCGCCGGCGAAGCCACCAAGUGGAAGAAGCCUCAUGACGCCUCCGUGGCGCGUGGCGGCGGCCGGGCAGAGGAGAAGCCGCAGCCGGUCACCGCCAAGGAGAAGCGCGUCGCUGCCAAGGAAAUGUCGGAGUCGAGGAAGAUGAAGAGGAAGCCGAAUUACGACCUUGAGAAGGAACUUACGGUACGAUGGGAAAAGAUGAGAUGUCAUGAUGUGAGCAAAGAGGAUAGGUCCAAGCUAGUAACUGAGGCUCUUAGCAAAAUGAACGGGAAAUAUUUGGAGAUUGCUGGAUCCCAUGUAACUGCACGCGUUCUACAAACAUGUGUGAAGUGGUGCUCUCAGUCGGAGAGGGAUGCUAUUUUUGUUGCCCUGCAGCCACAUUUGCUCACUCUUUGUCGUCAGAAAUAUGCUGUUUUCCUUGUAAAGAAACUCAUAAAGCUUGCCACCAAAAAACAGUUCCAUUGGUUCAUCUCUUCUCUUCACGGUCAUGUCGCCUCACUUCUUCGUCACACAAUAGGAGCAGCAGUUGUUGAUUGCGCAUUUCAGCGAGCAACCCCAUCUCAGAAAAGAAGUUUGUUAUUGGAAUUGUACUCCACUGAGCUUCAGCUGUUCAAGGGCCUGACCGAACAAAAAUCACAGAGUUUGUUAGAAACUAUUUCCAAGCUUGGAUUACAGAAAUCAUCUGUCCUGCAGUACAUGACUAUUGUUAUCCAGCCCCUUCUGGAGAAAGGUAUUGUUGAGUAUUCCAUAGUGCACACGGUCAUAUUGGAAUAUUUAACAAUUGCUGAUAAGACAUCAGCCAUGGACGUGAUUCGCCAGUUAAUCCCCCAUCUUACUCAAGGUUCAUCUGUGAUUGAUGGGGAUGAACUAUCAGGUGUCCCUGAAUUACCAACCAAAACAAAAGCUAAGAAGAAAAGAUCUUCAGAACCACGUCUCAUCCGGAUCAUGUACUCAAGGGAGGGAUUAAAAUUAGCGCUUGCUUGCCUAAAGCAUGGCAGUGCAAAGGAUAGGAAGAAGAUUAUUAAAAGCUUGAAGGGGCAAAUUAUGAAGCUUGCUCUCAAUGAGUAUGGAUGCCUUUUCCUUGUUUGUCUUCUCUCCAUUGUUGAUGACACAAAACUUGUUACUAAGAUUGUAAUUCAAGAUCUGACAAAGCACUUAAAGCAACUCAUAUUCGAUAAGAAUGGGAGACACCCAUUGCUGCAGCUACUUCGCCCACUUUGCUCACGCUAUCUACCUCCGGCUUAUUUGGCUUAUCUGAAUUACAGCGUGCCUUCCCUUAUUUCAAAUGUUGAAGCAUCAGAGAAUGCUACUGAAGUUAACUUGGAGAAUCAGGUGGAUGCUGUAGCUGAUAAAGAUCAUGGUGCUUCAGAAGACACACUGGUCGCGUCUGACAGCAAAAAGGACCCAUUGCAACGGAGAAUUGAAUUGUUGAUGAAAAGUGAGCUUGCUGAGGCUCUUGUCCAGACUUGUGUUGAGAAUGUUGGAGAGUUACUUCGAUCAAACAUUGGCAACGGAUUUUUAUAUGAGGUAUCUGUCGGUGGAAAAGAUAAUGUACUGGAGGGCAUCAGUGACAGGAUCCUCACACUCCAUGAUGCAAUAGCUUCUGAUGCAGCACACCCAAGGACAGAAGAUAUUGAACACGCCUUUGAUAACUACCAUUCCAGCCGCAUGAUAAAAAAAUUGGUAGUUGAUUGUCCUGCAUUUGCGGCUACCCUCUGGGAAAUAGCUCUUGAAGGGAAGUGCGAGUUAUAUGCUGAGGGACACAGUUCCAAAGUGCUCACUGCAUAUCUGGAAUCCAAUGAUUCCAUGGUGAGGGAUGUUGCAAAAUCCAAGCUGCAGCCGCUGAUUGACCGCGGGAUACUGAAAAUCCCAGACCAUAAAGCAUCGGAGAAGAAGUGAGCUUUCUCCACGGGCCUUUUUGCCGUCACGAAGAACGCAAGCAAGUGAAGCGUGCAUCCAUGCUUGGGUGUAUAAUAGAUAAUAUUUUGUCACUUUGGCUUGGUAUGAUAAGUUAGUGUGCACCAACGAGCUGAUUGUCAAUGGUCCUACAACCCUUUGUAGCAUGAAGGAGAAAAUGUUAGUACUCGUAUCUAUUUUGGUGUAUAUUUGUUGUACUGACUACUGAGACACAAGCGUGCUCCAAUUUUGUUCGUUUCAACUAAGCAGCAAAAUUAUUCUA